AUGACUGGCCAUUGGCCGUACAGGUCCCCAGGUCCAUUUAAGUCUCUGGAGGAGAUGGAGAAAUACCAAGAACUGAUUGACGAUCUGUUUGCCUCCAAAAGAUACCCGCCGGUUGACGGACUGGCAGCUGGACCUGUGAUACAACGAUGCUGGACAGGAGAAUACUCUGAUCUGGGGGCACUCAUUGAAGACCAGCGUUGGCAGUUUGAGAAUGACACAAUUUCAAUGCACUCAUAA